AUGCGGUGGCUUCUCACCUCGUCCGUACUGUUAGUGCCAGCUACAGCCCUGGUUCGACCUGAUGGCGUGGGCCGCACUCCUGCCCUUGGGUGGAACUCAUGGAACGCAUACAGCUGCGACAUUGACGCCGACAAGAUCGUGACUGCUGCCAAUGAAGUGGUCAAUUUGGGGUUGAAGGAUCUGGGAUAUGAGUAUAUCAACAUCGACGACUGCUGGUCCGUCAAAUCCGGCCGCAACACCACCACCAAACGCAUCAUCCCAGACCCCGACAAAUUCCCCAACGGCAUCUCCGGCGUCGCAGACCAAGUGCACGCCUUGGGUCUGAAACUGGGAAUCUACAGCAGCGCCGGUCUCACCACCUGCGCCGGCUACCCAGCCAGUCUAGGCUACGAAGAAAUCGACGCGCAAUCGUUUGCUGAAUGGGGUGUUGACUACCUUAAAUACGACAACUGCGGCGUCCCCACCAACCUCACAGACCAAUACACCUACUGCGUCCCCGACAGCACCGACGGAUCCAACUACCCCAACGGCACCUGCGUGGACCUGACCGAUGCUGCGCCCACAGGAUACGACUGGGCCACCUCCACCACAGCGAAACGGUACCAGCGCAUGCGCGAUGCCCUACUCAGUGUCAACAGAACAAUUCUCUACUCACUAUGUGAUUGGGGCCAAGCGGAUGUGAACGCUUGGGGGAAUGAAACGGGGAAUAGCUGGCGCAUGUCGGGAGAUAUUACCGCAACAUGGACCCGCAUCGCCGAAAUCGCCAACGAAAACAGCUUUUACAUGAACUACGCCAACUUCUGGGGCUAUCCGGACCCGGACAUGCUGGAGGUGGGGAAUGGGAAUUUGACUCUCGCUGAGAAUAGAGCGCAUUUUGCUCUUUGGGCCAUGAUGAAGGCGCCGUUGAUUAUUGGGACGCCUUUGGAUUCCAUCGACACCUCCCACCUCUCCAUCCUCCUCAACAAACCCCUGCUCACAUUCCACCAAGACGAUGUGAUCGGUCGCCCUGCGUACCCGUACAAAUGGGGAUAUAAUCCCGAUUGGACGUUUGAUCCGGAGCAUCCGGCGGAGUAUUGGUCUGGGCCGACAUCUUCUGGGGAGGUCUUUGUGUUGAUGUUGAAUUCGGAGGACGGGGUGAAGACUCGUACGGCGCUUUGGGGGGAGGUGCCUGAGUUGAAGAGUAAGAAUUCAAAGGAGGAGAAGAAAGGUAAAGGGUUUAAGGUGACGGAUGCGUGGACUGGGAAGGAUGUGGGUUGUGUGAAGGAUAAGUAUGAGGUGAAGUUGCAGGCGCAUGAUGUGGCGGUUUUGGUUGUUGGGGAGGAAUGUUAG